AGAGCCGACAACAUUUUAACAGUGUGUGAUUUGCCGACCCAGAGCCGAGAACCCAUCUUCCCCUUUUAAUGACGUAAAACAUAAGCGCCACUGUUGACUGUAGAAAAAAUGGCAGCACACGGUGGUGACAAGCGUGGUCUUGAACAUCUAGACGAAUAUGAACCAAAGCGAGCCAAAUUGCCACGAUGCCUUCAAGAUCGGAUGACAGAAAAGCGACUUGUUGUAAUCCUGGAGGGAGCUACGCUUGAAUCUGUUAAGGUGGGCAAAACAUUUGAGCUGCUUAACUGCGAUCAGCACAAGGGUAUGAUCUUAAAGAAUGGAAGAGACCCAGGAAAGAUACGACCAGAUAUUACACAUCAGUGCUUAUUAAUGUUAUUGGACAGCCCACUGAACAGGGCUGGGCUUCUACAAGUCUACAUUCACACAGAGAAGAAUGUCUUAAUAGAAAUCAACCCUCAAACACGUAUCCCACGUACAUUUGCACGAUUCUGCGGUCUCAUGGUCCAGCUUCUGCAUAAACUGAGCGUGCGAGCCGCUGAUGGACCACAGCGUCUGUUGAGGACCAUCAGGAACCCCGUCUCCGACCACCUGCCCCCAGGAUGUCCCCGCAUUGGCACCUCCUUCUCUUCAGGAGAUGCUGUGUGUGCACGGACGGUUGUGCCCGAAGACGGACCAGCAGCACUGGUGAUCGGGGCUUUUGCUCAUGGCGCAGUGGAUGUGGAUUACACAGAGAAGACGGUAUCCAUCAGUAACUAUCCUCUGUCUGCUGCCCUUACCUGUGCCAAGAUGUGUUCUGCCUUUGAAGAGGUUUGGGGUGUGUUGUGACCUGACAAGCCAGACCCCUUGUUCUCUUCACUGAAAUAUGCAGCACUCCAGGAAGGACAGAUGGACCACAUUUUUUUGCAAAGGGCUCCAUAAUAAAGGCAGCGGUGUGACUAUGCCUUGAUUCCUGCUCAUCCUGAACUGUGAUGCAGUCAUUCCCUUGAAGGAUUGGGAGGUAGUGUUUGGUUCCAGGUAUAACAGUUGGUCGGUCAGAUUUUAAUGGGUUACCGUGUAAGUCUACAAAAGGCAUGUCUUACUGCUUCUGAUCGGCAACAACAGCCAACAGGGGAUUGUGUAUUACAGUUAUCUAAUGUGUUAAAAAUUGAUAUUGUGCUCAAUAGCUUUUUCAACUGAAUUCCACAGAUAAUUUGUAAUGGGAAAACGUGUAUAGUUGCCCAAUGGUGCAAAUAAACAUUUGCAUUUCUUUCUCAUUUUA